AUGUAUGUCGAAGUGCACGAUUCUGAUUUGGAACAAUUGUCGUACAAAAUGAAUACCUUCGUGGUUUCAAUGGAAAGAAAUCCGCAGUUCUAUAUUACGAUGGUAAUCCUUCCUUCGUUUGUCAUCAAUAUACUUUCUAUUUUUGGAGUUUUUCUUAAAUCCGCGGACACUAUGGGGAAGCUUGGAAUGGCGUUAACAAACAUAAUGUCAUUAACAUUCAUUCUCGGAAUUUUGGCCACAGCGCUGCCGAAGACGAAAGGGUUGCCUAGAAUAGCUGUAUACGUCAUGAUAAAUCUGUUUAUCAUGGUUCUAGCACUUCUUGCUACCGUCAUAUUACCGUAUGUCAACCGAUUCGUCAGUAAUCGCAAUGGUUUCAGUGAAAAAUCGAGUGAGAAAAGGAAGUUAAAGCAUAAAAGAAUGUCUUGGAUCAUCGAAUACGGUAUGAUUGCAUUGAUAGAACUUGCAAACCUCAUCAACUUCAUUGUACUUGUUGGAUAG